CUUCCCAUCAUCUCUCACUUUGCCUUCCACUCGUUAACUCUUCCCAAGAACCCUCUUUCAAUUAUAAAAAAGCACAACAUGGCAAAGCUCGGAACCCUUAGUCACAUCUCCCUGUCCGUCUCGGACUAUGAGCAGGGCAAGAAGUUCUAUUCUUUCCUUUUGGUCGAUCUCCUGGGUUAUAAAUUGAUUACUGAACAUCCCUACUUUACCAUGUGGGCUCUUCAAACUGGUGAAUGUAUCUGUAUCUCGCCUGGGAACAAGACUCCUCAUCAUAAAUCUAACCCUGGCCUGCAUCACCUUGCUUUCAACACCGAGACUCAUGAGCAAAUCGAUGAGCUUUACAAUAAGGUUGUGCAGUUUCAAGAGGCAAACAAGGAGAUGAGUGGCAGUGUCAUCCUUGAUAAGCCAGCCUUGUACCCUCAAUACGGGGAGGGUUACUAUGCUGUUUUCUUCACUGAUCCCGAUGGCAUCAAGUUGGAGCUCGCCUACACCCCUUCCUACCUGAAGUAAAUUGAUUUUACUCUCGGAAAUUACAGGGCCAAUACACCACCACCAAAUCAUUAUGUAAAUUUUGGAUUGCCUGGAAAGUCAUUCUUAUAGUUAUAUAGCGUAU